AUGGCAACUGCCUUGGCUUUCGCCGCUGGCGUAUCUCAAGUUACUGGACAACUCUGUGCCCAGAAUGUUGUAACCACAACCGCGGGUCUCACAUUCUACCUCUAUGACGACUCUAUCCCCGAAAACAACUUCAGGCCUCUUCAACUUAGGCCCAGCAAAGAUGGCCAAUAUAGCUAUGUUGCCAUAGACAAUAGCUCUCCUCCGCUGCUUGCCAACCUCGACAAUGGAGUUCUUGUCAGUGAAGGUCAGAACUCUGAUGGUACCAUCUUCGACUUUGGCCCCAAGGGCUUCUUACAAAACUACACGGAAAUUCCUCUUUUACACCCUACUCUUAUAGGCCAGCUCGCCUUUGCCAAUACCUCGUCGUUUCCUAAUGCAUCUGACCCCAACUGGCUCCUGGGGCCAUCAGGAGGCACCAACACCUACAACCUCUGGCACAAUGAGCCCGUCAACACUCUCAACGGUAUGCAGAUCUGCGAGGCUGAUUUCGAUCUCAACGAGGAUGGUACUCCAUGGUAUUAUUUCCAAUAUGUCGAUUGGGUCACUUACUACCCGCCUGAAUGCGAGUUUGUUGCAAUCUUGACCAACGUUAGUUCUGUUGACCAGCCAACAUGUUAA